GUCGCCUUUAUCAGCUGGCAAUGAUCUAACUGGUUCUCAACGCACGCUAGACUGCCUUCGAGAGCCUGCGCCUCGCAGAAAAUAGUUCAAGCUUCUGACCCAAACGCCAUUUCAUAGCCAAAAACCAGCCCAGCUGGCUUUGACAGGCCACUACGCUGAGUCGAGACUUCAGCCACAGUCUCGCAAUGCCUCAUAGGUGUGUAUUCGUAUAUGUAAGAUACAGGGAACUUGGCUUUCUUGGAAGAUCCGUUAGAAAAUGCUCGAAUCACCACAACACCCGAGUGUCUCUGCCUUCUCGGCUCUACGCGCCUGAAUUUCGCCUUUUCCACAUUCAAUCUACCAGAAGUAUCACUCCGUUAUUGCACACAUGGCAGACCCUUCGUAUAGGGCAGCUCAGCCAGGUGAAUUCUUCUGCCCAGCUGGUGGAACAUGGUACAUGUGCGAAACGGGCACAAAAUUUGUUGGGUGCUGCAUAGCAGACCCAUGUACGAAUGGGUGCAUCGGAAACAGUCUUCGUCCGGCAGGUCGCUCGACAGCUCUCGAUAGUCAGUCUCCAGGGGGAUCGUGUGGUGGACAAACGCCGUUCUGGACUUGCGGUCAAGCGCCAACUUUUUGGGGAUGCUGUAACGAGAAUCCGUGCAUGAACAAUUCAACGUGUCCUGAAGGGAAACUGGAGCCCACCUUCUGGGACCGGCCGGAUCAGUACGAGUACUUCAAGGAUCUGAACAUUCUUCUUUCAUCUACCGCACCUCGAUCUACGUCAACUUCACUGUCGGGUAACUCCCACGGCAGCUCCGGACCAUCUGAUGCAGUGAUUGGGGGCGCCGUAGGAGGCACACUCGGUUUCGUAGCAAUUAUCGCAUUUGUUAUCUUCUUGCUCUGGCGCAGGAAGAGACGCAGCCAGAAGCAAGCAAACAGCGAUCCUGCAUUGUCGAUGGAGGAGAACAAGCCCGAGACUGGAGAACUAGCAUCCCCGGUAUCUGACAGUACAGUAAACCCCAUGUACUCCUGGAAUGUCGCCAACAACUCACCAGCACAACAACGAUGGGCCCACAACCACCGCGAAGUACCGGGCGAAGACUCCAAAGGCUCACCUCGCAGUCCCUACACGGAGUUGCACUCCAACUCCUCGCACACUCGCGUUGCCGAGCUUCCUGCAGGGACUGUAGCCAACGAGCUGGAUGCGCCUGAAUACACCCCCAAGUCACCGUAUGCUGUAUUCGGAAUCGAUGUACCAAAGCAGGCGCACAGUUUCGAUGCUGAAAGUCAAGGAAAACCUAUGGACAGUAGAGAGAAGCGAUAGCAUGUGCCAUCAACAGCCGCGGCAUUCUUCAGUCGACAGAAUCGAAUUAGACCAACUCAAUACCAUCAUGCAUCUCCAUACCGUCAGUUCAUGCUUCACAAGCGAUACUUGGAAACCUGUCGACCAUCCUCGAACCUAACUCCACCUCCCCUUCACCCAGCCUCGCAGGCAAC